UUGGGCUUAUUCCCUGGUGGAUCUGGAAAAGCAAAGCCAGUAAUCACUAAAGGGCCAAAAGUAGUAAUCCAAGCGGCACAAAAGGGUUCUCGCUCAUCUUUUGGCCCAUUUAACUUUUGGGGCUUAUUACCUGGUACAUCUGAAAAAGGAAAGCAAGAAAUCACUAAAGAGCAAAAAGUAGUGAGCCCAGUGGCACAAAAGGAAUCUCGCUCAUCUUUAGGCUCAUUUAACCUUUGGGGCUUAUUCCCUGGUACAUCUGGAAAAGUAAAGCCAGUAAUCACUAAAGAGCAAAAAGGAGUGAGUGCAGCUGGAUCCCCUAGUAAAACAAAAGUUUCAGAGGCGCCUGCGGCACCUGUUCUGGCAGCACCUGUUACGACAGUAUCUGUUGCUACAAGACUCGUUACGACACCACCAACAUCUGUUACGACAACACCAAUACCAGUCACGACAGCAUCUGUCAUGACGACAUCCGUUUUGUCAACACCCGUUAUGUCAACAUCUGUUAUGACAUCAUCUGAUAGGCGAGCACCUCUUAUGACAGCACCAGCUCCAAAAGAUGUAGUUAAACCAGAUGAGACAGAAGCUGAAGAAGAAGCAGCAGAAUGUCCAGAUGGAACAUCAGGUGACCUCUCAACCUGCGUGAACGCGUUAGAACAAACAAAAAGUGAUGAAACAGUGCAUCAUGAAGUAACGGUGCAUCCUGAACUAACGGAUAUUCCUACUGAAACGGAGAGCUUAAAUGAACAAUACUUAGACUAUCCCAUUCAUGUAGAAGAAAAGAAUAACACAUUUACCUACAACCCUGAAAACAUUAUGAUAACAUCUGCUAUAAUGUUUGGAGCGUUUUAUGUAUUUUACCUUUACUAUAAUGCCACACCUUUGGGGAGAUGGAUACGCAAUAAGAUGGGGAAAGGGGAAAAUGAUUAUGAUGAUCGGUCAGAAAGAAGUUUUCAACGUUAG